UGGUGCUUCGCUCAAUGCUGUUACUGCUGUUCGUGCCCCAUCAACGCUGUGGUUACCAGUAAGAAGCAUAGAAAAAUUUGCAUAAUUUUAUUACUUUUCUAGAGACGGUGGCCUAAUUGUGCCUCCUGAGCAGCACUGUGGCACUUUCAACACUAGAAGAAAAGGGCUGCAUAAAAACAUCGGGCGAAACGGAUUGCACCGGACAGCAUGACAACACUAUCACAAACAAAGGAAAUCUUCAGGAGAGCAGAGGCUGUCUGUUUCGAUGUGGACAGCACAGUUAUCAAAGAAGAGGGCAUCGAUGAACUUGCCAAAUUCUGCGGUGUGGGGGAUGCUGUCACUGAAAUGACUCGCAAGGCUAUGGGUGGGUCAGUGACAUUCAAGACGGCUCUUACUGAGCGUCUCGGCAUCAUCCGUUGCUCUAGAGAACAAGUGAACAAAUUGAUAACAGACCAUCCACCUCAGUUGACACCAGGUAUUAAAGAACUCGUGGACAGUCUACACCAGCGCAACAUAAAGGUGUUCCUCAUUUCGGGUGGCUUCCGCUGCAUUGUGGAGCACGUGGCUACUCAGCUCAACAUUCCUCUCCAUCAUGUCUAUGCCAACCGCCUUAAGUUCUACUUCAAUGGUGAGUAUGCCGGUUUUGAUGAAAGUCAGCCCACAGCAGAGAGUGGUGGGAAAGGCAAGGUAAUCGGCAUGCUGAAGGAGCAGUACGGCUUCAAGACUGUAGUGAUGAUUGGAGAUGGAGCCACAGACCUAGAGGCCUGCCCUCCUGCUAGUGCCUUUAUUGGAUUUGGUGGAAACGUCACCAGGCCACAGGUGAAGGAGAGGUGUUCGUGGUACGCCACAAGCUUUGGAGAACUCCUAAAGGAACUGGAGAAGAUCUAAAAGAGAGAACAUACCGUUACUAACUUUUAACACGUGUUUUAUUUGCACUUAAUAGCUUUAUCUAUGGUACGUUUGUUUCUUCAACUCAUACAGUCAGUAGAUUUUAUAAUGAAUGAAAAUUUUUACACUAAAAUAGUGAUUCAAUUUUUACCUUUUUGGGAUGUUACCCUCUUGAUUUUUAUAAUGGAGAAUACUAGAAAAAUAACCAAAUGGAGUCCAUAUGGAGGAAUUUCAUUGUUUUUGCAUUUUUUUCCAUCAUGGAAUUAAGUGUUUAGAAUAACUAAUGCAUAUAAAAGUGUGCGUAAUGAGAAAUAGAUGUUUGUUCUAUAUUAAUACUAAGGACCAUAAAAUACAUAUAUAUGU